ACAAUAAAGAAAGUCGUCUCUAGUGAUCUACUCAUUAUGGACAAAAUGGGUUCCACUCCUGUCACUUUUGAGUGAAAAUUCAAAAUAUCACCGACCAUUUGAUCAUUCCUCUCUAAAUUCAAAGUUGUAGGGGAUAGCCGCCCAGAAAUGGCUACUAAAUUGAAAUUGUACAUUGGCCGAAAGGUGCUGGAUAGCUUCCACAAGACGCCAUCAGUGACGGCAAUGCAAUUAAAAUCAUUGCUGCAAGUAGAACCGUCAAAAGAUGAAAAUGCCCCAAUAGAAUUGAGCAUGAGUUUAUCCACCAUAGAAAAUCGUUUCGGUAUAGCAAAUGUAAACAAAAUCCUGAAAAUACAGCCGGACGACAUAAUACAGAACAUCCACUCGAUAAAAGACCGUUCAAAUAGUAGAAUAUGUUUCCAAGUGAAGAAUGAUAUAUUCAUGAAGGAAAUUGUCGAGCAUGCUUAUGAACCUGACCUAAACAACGACAAGAAAAAGAUCGUUACAGAGUUCAGUUCGCCGAACGUGGCAAAACCUUUCCACGUUGGUCAUUUGCGAUCGACAAUAAUUGGCAAUUUCAUUUCAAAUCUGCACGCGUUCAUGAAUAAUACCGUUGUAAGGAUCAAUUAUUUAGGUGAUUGGGGUACGCAAUUCGGCUUGAUUAAAGUUGGUGUUGAUGAUUUGAAGCAUUCGAACGAAGAUAUCAAGAACGAUCCUUUGAAUCUUCUGUAUAGGAGUUAUGUGCAUGCAAACGCUUUGGCCAAGAAUGAUCCAACGAUCCUGGAAAAAGCUAAAUUGGAAUUUAGUAAAUUAGAAAGUGGAUCACAAGUGGAAAUAGAUAAUUGGAAAACGUACAUGGGAUACACUAUCGAUGAAUUGAAGUCUACUUAUAACAGAUUAGGAGUGAAAUUUGAUGUCUAUAACUACGAAUCUAUGUACGGUUCUAAAGAAGUUCAGAACGUACUGGAUGUGCUGCACAAAAGAAAGAUUCUACAUAAAGAGGCAGAUGGAAAGGAAGUGGCUAAAGUUAACGAUAGAUCGGUUUCAGUACUUAAAAGCGAUGGGUCCACAUUGUACUUGACCAGAGAUAUAGCGGCUGCUAUUGAUAGAUUCAAAAAAUACGAAUUCGAUCAAAUGUAUUACAUAGUGGAUAACGGCCAAAGUGAUCACUUUAAUGCGCUGACAAGUAUUUUAUAUCAAAUGGAUCUACCAUGGGUUCAUAGACUUAAGCAUAUUAAAUUCGGUAGAAUUCGAGGUAUGAGCACAAGAAAAGGUAACGUUGUGUUCUUAAAAGAUAUCUUAGAUGAAACCAGAGAUUUAAUGGUGCAAAGGCAAAUCACUUCUCCAACUACCAAAGUCCCGGUUUCAGACAAACACGUUUCGGAUAUUUUAGGAAUUUCUUGUGUUAUAAUCAACGAUCUGAAACAAAGGAGGCAGCGGGACUACGAGUUUUCUUGGGAUAGAGCUUUGCAGGUUCAAGGAGAUAGUGGUAUUAAACUACAAUACACACAUUGUCGGUUAUGGAAUUUGGAAAAGAACAGUGGUGUAGUAGCUUCGAGUAUAUGCUUACCUGAGCUUCUAAUCGAACCUGAACUUGUAUUGUUGAUCCGGGAGUUGUCCAGAUUUCAAGAUGUCUUGCACCGAGCUGAAGAACAAUUAGAAGCUUGUAUCUUGGUGUCCUACCUUUUUCAGCUAUGUAAUCACAUUAGCAAAGCGUUAAAGGUUGUGAGAGUUAAAGAUCAGGACCUGACGUUAGCGUCGCAAAGACUUUUCGUAUUUAACAGCGCCAGACACGUGCUGGGUCAAGGAAUGACCAUUUUGGGACUCCAUCCUCUCAAGGAGAUGUAAAUGAUUUCUAGUCGCAUUAAAUUUAUUUAGUACAAAUACAAAAAAACAAAUACAUCCUAACGUUUCUUCCA